AGGCAAUACAUACAACUUAGCAGAAAACAAGCAUGUCUUACUUUGUUAAACGAGACGAGGGUUGUUCCAUAUAUGAUGGUGCAUCCACUGUUAAUCUCAUUUUCCUGAUUUUAAUUACGUUUGGCAUUAUAGCCAGCUAUAUCCCGCAAUACGUUCGUAUCUACCAUAAGAGAACAUCAGAAGGAUUAUCGACAAAUUUCUUGUUGUUGGGAUCGUGCUCUUCCAUAUUCACAUUGACCAAUAUCAUAUUGAUAAGUUCGAUUGCCAGAACCUGUUGUAUUUCUGGGGAAUUGAACAUGUUCAACUGUAUAAAUUCCCAGCUUAAUUUGAUUCAAAUUGGUAUCCAAUGCACCUGUGCUAUACUUAUUCUUGUAUUUGUCUUGUUUCUCACCAAGCAUUCCCUUAAACAGGAUAAGUUAGAAUAUCAACGUAUAGUGCAGGUUGGCCAUUGGGUGACCCUCCAUGGAGUGGUGUCGCUUAUUCAAGUGAUUAUCGGGCUUGCCGGAUCGAGAAACUUGUUAUACACAAUAGCCAACACCAAUGGGUUGUUGUCCACCUUGUUGACUGUGGUUAAGUACUUGCCUCAGAUCCAUACCACAUACAAGUUAAAACACCCAGGGACCCUUUCCAUUCCCAUGAUGUGCAUCCAGACCCCAGGUGGGUUCGUUUUCACAGCAACUUUAUACUUUACUAAAGGAUCACAUUGGAGUUCGUGGGUGUCUUAUUUAGUUGCAGCAUCGUUGCAGGGAACUUUGUUGGCACUUUGUAUCUACUAUGUAUAUGUUAAGGGCCAAGGUGAAGAGUUGGAAAGAGAGGCAAUUGAUAGAAUUAUACAGGAGAAUUUGCACGAUGAGGUGGAUCGAAUUCAAGAAGAUGAUGAUGAAGAGGGGAGUCCUCUUCUUUAGUGUUACAGCAUGAACUGUUUUAUAAUAUAAAAUACACAAUAUAUAAAGUUGAGUUGUCAUUGUAGUUUGGUGCUCCAUGCCUUGGGCCGCGAGCGACUCUUUGCAACGACAUUUGUAUGGGAGUAGGCUUUACGCGUGCCACAUGCAUGGUUUAUACCCAAGACUACAGUUGGAGAUGUAAUGUAAUCCCAUUGACAGUGCUAUAUAAAACUUCUCAAUCCAAACUAACAUCGAUGAUCGGUAUCGGGUAUUUGUGAAAACAAAUUCGCAUAUUGCACUAAACAGCCCACACAAAAAAGCAUGGACCAACCAUCCGUAACGCCAUUCCCAUAACAGACCCGCAAGUGGUCCAUUGUUAUUUCUUGUGGCAUUACCCAUGUGUUUUCACACUAGGGAUACUCUCAGGAGCAAAAAGUAGGUUGGAUGGAGUGAAUCACCGAAUUUCCCACCCAUGUUUUGUAUGAGAUUAAGUUAUCUCUUUGUGUAGACGGGUAAAUGCGAAACGAUGUUAGAAAGGAUGGAAAAGGAAGGGUAUCUACAAUUCAUUGAGGAUAUCC